GCAGCUCAGCAGUUGGACAGCUCUGUGUGUCAGUCUGUCUGUCUGACCAUGCACCUGGAGCGCGAGGCCCGGCUGCAGUACAACUGCGUUCUGUUCACAGGCUAGUUCCGGAGGUUGUCAGUGAAAUCCCGCCGGAGUGCCACUGGGCAGGUUGAGAAAAAAGGAGAGAUAAGACAAUACGCACAGGGCGGACAGCCAUUGCUUUUUUCCUUUCGCUGCUAAUAAAGAAAGCAGCGUCUCAGCUGUGUAACACAGGAACAACAGACAGACAUCCCAGCGGGAACACCGCACCGAGACCCGCCUGGACCUGCGUUAUUGUCUGUGUGGAUUAUCUCUGAAGAUGUCUUAUUUGACAGUGCUGUGGUUGCUGCCACUUCUGUGUAGCAUCAUCAGCACCUCCAGCGCUGCAUCCUCAGUAUCCCGGAAGUGUGAGGACAGCCUGGCCACUCCUCUCCCCUACAGCUCCUUCACCAGUUCAUCAGUGUAUGCCCGAGCAUAUGGAGCUGGUUACGCCAAACUCAAUCGGAAACAAGGUGCUGGAGGCUGGUCGCCCUUGGAUACAGAUCGUUACCAGUGGUUACAGGUGGACCUGGGUUCUAGGAAGCAGGUGGUUGCCAUAGUGACACAGGGACGCUACAGUAGCUCUGAUUGGACCAGCAAGUAUCGCCUACUUUACAGCGACACACAGAAAAACUGGAGGCCGUAUCUACAGGAUGGAAACAUCUGGACAUUUGAGGGGAACGUGAACAGUGAAGGUGCUGUUCGCCAUGACCUGCAGCACGUCAUCCUGGCUCGCUACAUCCGCUUCAUCCCAGUGGACUGGAGCAGGGAGGGACGCAUCGGAGUGCGCCUGGAGCUCUAUGGCUGCUCGUACUGGGCAGAUGUGAUCAGUUUUGAUGGCCAUGGCGUCAUCUCUUACCGCUUCAGGAGUAAGAAGAUAAAGAUUGUGAAAGAUGUCAUCUCUCUAAAGUUUAGAACCACUGCUGGAGACGGGGUCCUGCUCCACGGGGAGGGACAGCAGGGAGACUACAUUUCCCUGGAGCUCCGCAGGGCAAGACUGCAGCUCAGCAUCAACUUAGGCAGUAACCAGUACGGUUCCAUUCAGGGUCACACCUCUGUGACCAGUGGGAGCUUACUGGAUGAUGACCACUGGCACUCAGUUGUUAUAGAGCGUUACCGAAGAAAUGUCAACUUUACUCUGGACCAUCAUACUCAGCAGUUCAGGACCAAUGGAGAAUUUGACCAUCUGGACCUGGACUAUGAGAUCAGUUUCGGAGGGCUGCCUGUAUCAGCAAAGCCAAGCUCAGGAGGCAGAGACAACUUUGUUGGCUGCAUGGAGGGAAUCACCUACAACGGAGACAACAUCACUAACCUGGUCCGCAGGAAGAAGGUGGACACCUCCAGCUUUCGUAACCUGACAUUUUCAUGUGCCGAGUCCAACUCCUUCUCUGUAUUCUUCAACUCCACUUCCUUCCUGCGGUUGCCGGGUCAGAGUGACAGUGACACUUUGUCAGUCAGUCUGUCAUUUAGGACAUGGAACCCCAACGGCCUGCUAAUGUUCACAGCACUGGCUGAUGGCUGGGUGGAGGUGGGACUGACAGAGGGCAAGGUCACUGUCUACAUGAAUGUGACACAGAAAAAGAACACACGCAUUGAUAUCUCAUCAGGUUCAGGUCUGAAUGAUGGCCUGUGGCACAGUGUCCAUCUGAAUGCAUUGGAGAACUAUGCUAUGCUGACAAUUGAUGGAGACGAGGCAUCCACAGUCAGAACAGCCAUCCCUGUCCAGAUCCAGACUGGAGGAACCUACUACUUUGGAGGUAACUUCUUGCACACCAACACCCGAUCACUUCAGCGCUCCUUUCAAGGCUGCAUGCAGAUGAUCCACAUAGACGACCAUCUAGCUGACCUCAGGGCUGUGGAGCAGGGCCUCAUUGGAACCUUUGAAAAUGUCAGCCUGGAUAUGUGUGCCAUUAUAGACAGGUGUGUUCCUAAUCACUGUGAGCACGGUGGGCGCUGUUCUCAGACGUGGGAUACAUUCAGCUGCAACUGUAGCAGCACUGGAUACACUGGAGCUACCUGCCAUACCUCGAUGUAUCAGCAGUCCUGUGAGGAGUAUAAGCACCAGGGCAAGAGCUCAGGGAGCUACUGGAUUGACCCAGAUGGCAGUGGACCUAUCACCCCCUUCAGAGUCAGCUGUGACAUGACAGAGGAAAAGGUUUGGACCACACUGAAGAACAACCUGUCUCCUCAGACAUCAGUCACCAGUGCAGACCAGGAGGGGAAGGCAGUGCUGCAGAUUAUUUACAAUGUGACUGACGAACAGAUGUUGUCAGUCACCAGCAGUGCAGAGUAUUGUGAUCAGUAUGUAGCCUACGCCUGCCGAAUGUCUCGUCUGCUCAACAGUCCUGAUGGUGUCCCGUUUACCUGGUGGGUAGGAAGAGCCAAUGAGAGGCAUUCUUACUGGGGGGGUUCAGGACCAGGCAUUCAGAAGUGUGCCUGUGGUAUCGAACACAACUGCACUGACCACAAACACUACUGCAACUGUGAUGCUGACCAGCGCACCUGGAGGGAGGAUGCAGGCCUGUUGGUGUAUAAAGACCAUUUGCCAGUCAGUCAGGUUGUGGUUGGUGACACAAGCAGAGCUGGAUCUGAGGCUAAAGUGACUAUAGGACCACUCAAAUGCCAGGGGGACCGGAACUUCUGGAACGCAGCGUCCUUCACCAGCCCUGCGUCGUACCUCCACUUUCCUUCCUUCAGAGGAGAAACCAGCACUGACAUCUCCUUCUACUUUAAGACUUCGUCCACUCAUGGAGUCUUUCUGGAGAACCUGGGAACCAGUGACUUCCUUCACAUUGAACUCAGAGGAGGCUCGAUGGUCCUCUUCUCUUUUGAUGUGGGCAGUGAGCGGGUGGAGCUCAGCGUUCACUCGCCGGUGCCUCUGAACAACGACCAAUGGUAUCGUGUGGAGGCUGAGAAGAACAUCAAGGAAGCGGUGCUGCAGCUUAAUGGACAGUACAGAGAGGUCAGACCCAUGCCCCCACAGGGACACACCAAACUGGAGUUCUACAGUGAGCUAUAUGUUGGUGCCUCAAGUGGUCAGAGGGGUUUCCUGGGCUGCAUGCGAGCUCUGAAGGUAAAUGGAGUGACCUUUGACCUUGAGGAGAGGGCGCAGGUAACUCCAGGGGUAAAUCCAGGCUGCCAGGGCCACUGCAGCAGUUAUGGGCUGCACUGCAGAAAUGGAGGGAAGUGUGUGGAACAGUACAAUGGAUACUCCUGUGACUGCUCCCUCACUGCGUAUGAUGGACCCUUCUGCACCGAUGAUGUUGGCGGCUACUUUGAGACAGGAACCCUGGUGCGUUAUGACUUUCUGUCAGAGGUGGGAUCUUUUGCGCCGCAGGAGGUGAAGAGCAUGUCGGGUGUCGGUGGUCCUAGUGAGGCCAACCUGACCCAGGAGGAGCUGGUUUUUAGCUUCAGCACCUCUAGCGCUCCUAGCAUCCUGGUCUACAUCAGCUCCAGAACUCAGGACUACCUAGCUGUGGUGCUCAGACACAACGGCACUCUCCAGAUUCGCUACAGUCUCGGGGGUCUAACGGAACCUUACACCAUAGAUGUUGACCAUCGUAACAUGGCCAACGGACAGCCUCACUCUGUCAACAUAACAAGGAACUUAAGGGAGAUACGACUACAGCUGGACCACUACCCAGUUGCCACAUACACCCUACCUGAGGCCUCUGACACCCAGUUCAACUUGGUCAAAAGUAUCUUUCUUGGAAAGGUCUUUGAAACGGGACAGAUUGACCCCAUCCUAAUCGAGCGCUACAACACACCAGGCUUUGUAGGCUGUCUGUCAAGGGUUCAGUGGAACAGCGUGGCACCGUUGAAAGCUGCACUGCGCUCAGGUCUGGCAGCACCCGUCAGCACCCAUGGGAUUCUGGUCCCAUCCAACUGUGGAGCCUCACCCCUGACCAUCUCCCCCAUGGCCUCAGCUAGUGACCCCUGGCACAUAGAAGCAGCUGGAGCUGUUUUCCCCUUUAAUGAGGACACGGCCAGUGGCGAUGGAGUGGAUCGAAACUCUGCAAUAAUUGGAGGCAUCAUCUCCAUGGUGAUCUUCACUGUCCUCUGCAUCAUGGUGUUUGUGAUCCGUCAUAUGUUCCGUCAUAAAGGCUCCUACCACACCAACGAGGCCAAGGGAGCGGAGUCAGCAGACUGUGCCGACGCAGCAAUCAUCGUCAACGACCCAGCCUUCACCGAAACCAUCGACGAGAGCAAGAAGGAGUGGUUCAUCUGAACCCCUCUGCACAGCACAGCACGGACACAUGACGUUAGGAUGUAUGUAGUUUUCUAAGCAUAGGGAGUAGUAGCGAGGUCACCACUUGUGGAACCUCGAAGAUGUGCCGAGUGGUUUAUUUAAAAACUUUAUGGACAAUGGACACCAUGGCAUUACAGCGUGGGUAUUAAAGCACAGGGCACAGUGUUGCCUGGCAGAGCCCGUGUGACGAUGUGGAGCAGUUUAUUUUAACUUUAUUUAAAAUGGACAGUGUGACAGGAUGACAGCCUUCAGAUGGUGGAGGAUGGUGCCAUGAAGUUGCAGGCCUUGGAUGAGUGAGUGUGUUCAUUAGCUUUUAUUUUAAUAUUUAUUUAUAUAAUUAUUUAACAAUUUAAUUUGAUUUCAGUCACAUUUAUGUAAUGUAUUUAUGUAUUCAUAUUUAAGUCAUAUAUUUUUUCAUAAAAGUUCUAACUUUGUUUACAUUUAUUUAUUUUUAUAGAUUCAUAUCUUUAUGCCUUCAUGCAAUGUGCUGGUAUUUCAGACAAUUAGGGUAUUAAUGAUAAUGAUCAUUAGUCCCAAUAAUUCUCUACAUCUGAAGCAAUGCUCAUAAAGUCCAGGUUUUUUCAGUAUUGAAUCUCAUGUUUUAUCAUUUGCCUUAUUUUAAUUCAUUUCAGUUCAAUUUAAUUUUAGCCUUAAGACUGAAAACUUUGGUGUGUGUGUGUGUGUGUGUGUGUGUGUGUGUGUGUGUGUGUGUGUGUGUGUGUGUGAGAGCAGUGAGUGAGUGAGUGUGCAUGCGCACUGGCUUGCUUGUCUGUAAAGGAGAUGUAGCCAUGAUUUUGUCCACAUCAUUUGGACUAUGAACAGAAAGGAAACGUCACACUUCUAUUUAUUUUUGCAUCUACAUAACUGACAAGUGUCUCUUAAUGACUUUGAGCAUUGAUUGUUGAAAUUCUUAAUGAUUGCAUUAUUUUUAUUUGACUGUUUCUGCUGCCAAAUGAGUUCAGGGGUGAGUUCAGUUUUUGAAGAAUGAACUGAGUCCUGUCAGUCCACAAGAACUUGAUUCACUGGUUUGUUUGUGUUUUUCAGAUUUGUGAGGCAGAGGUUGUCUUAUGUUAGCAAUGCUGGUACAUAAUGCAAAAAAAAACAAAAAAAACCCCACACUUGUCAAAAAGUGAUACCACAUUCCGGGAGGUUUCCUAACAGGUCUCUUAACAGAAUUGCUAUUUAAGGAACAUUACAACAUUGUGGAAAUCUUUUUUUGCCAUCUGACUGUCAGAUAAGAUUGAGUUAUCUUGGUGUGUCUAGUAUGACAGCACAAAGAUUGGAAGCAGGAGGAAACUGCCAGUCUGGCUCCAUAACAAGUGAACCAAUACACCUACCAACAACUCCAAUGCUGUCCAAUUUAUAUUGUCAGUGUUGUUAGCUAGUGCAGUAAGCUCUCUCCAAGAGCCAACUUUGUUGACAGAAAGAGGUAAGAUAGAGCUUAAACUAGGGUUGGGCGAUAUAUCUUAUAUACUCGAUGGAUCGGGGCUUGUUUCACGUGGGAUGUAUGAAAUGACUAUAUCGCAAACAUCAUGUAUAAAUGGUCACGUGUUCUUUUUUUUAAGCCACCAGUAUGAGACUUGCUUCAGUGUUUCGGUUUUCACGCUCUCUCCUGUGGCUCUCCACCUCCCACAGACACAAACACAUAAAGAAAAACUCACAAACAUGAUACGUCACAUACACUCCUUCACCCAUCCAGAUCACUUUCCUCUGAGCGACAGUGUGUGAGCAGGCGAGGUGUGUUUCUCAUCUGCAGGACUCCAGAUCAUGCCCAUUUACUCACAUUUUGUGACCAUGGAGCACCACUGCAACUUGUAAAUAUUAUUAAUAUAUGGCCUGGAGAGCUGUUAGUUUGUUUCCAGCUUACAGUGAAUAAAUCCUCACAUUUAAAGGUGCUACAGCAACAGUUUAACUUCAUCAAGACAUCCAGACUUUCUGCCAGAUAUAAACCAAGUGCUUCAAAAUAAAAGCACCAGUGGUUCUGCUUUGAUUUAUUUGAUUGUAACAAUACUUUAUUUAACUUUAUUAUAACAGUAAUUGCCCUGCGAUAGUCUGCCGACCUGUCCAGGGUGUAUCCUGCCUCUCGCCCUAUGUCAGCUGGGAUAGGCUCCCGCCCCCCUGCGACCCCCAACAGGAUAUGCGGUUACAGAAAAUGAAUGAAUGAAUAACAGUACUUCAGUUAACUUUAUAAUGACAUUAGCUACUUUUUUUUAACUUAAUUGUUACUAUCAUUCAUUUAAUAAUUCUGUAUUUUCGUAGACAACAGUUGUUUAGAGGAGAUUUCAAAAUAUUGUGAUAUAUAUCAUGAAUCGCAAUAAUGCCUUAAAAUAUUGCAAUAUUAUUUCAGUCAUAUCAGCCAGCCCUCACUCAAGUCUGACAAUCCUACUAUGAGGACAGGACUUUCAGUGUUCUGGUUGGUAAAGAAAUACCACCAAUACUUACAGCACCUAAAACUAUUAUGUCUUUUUUGAUUUCUACACAAGAUAAAAUGUGUGAAACAUGGAUUGGAGUUAUUAGAAGCAGGCCUUAAGUCAGAGCCACUUAAAUCCAUGAGGUCCAAGUCCAAAUGUUUUUAUGAUAAAUUUAAGAAAGAGUCCAAAUGGGGUUUGGAUGUGAUUUAAAGGGACAGUUCACACCAAAAUUAAAAAUAAACGCUUUUCUCUUACCUGUAGUGCUAUUUAUCAGUCUAGAUAGUUUUGGUGUGAGUUACCAAGUGUUGGGGAUAUUGCCCGUAGAGAUGUCUGCCUUGUAGGAACUCAGUAGAAUCUCAGUCUAUUGAACCACACCUGCCAACCACAUCAUUGUGCAGAAGGAAGUAUGCAUCCACUGCUAGCUCAUCGAGCACCAGCUAACAUUACAGCUCAGCCGAGGAGGAUGCAUCUUGCACAGUAACGAGUAUGAGCCUCUCAUGCAUGAGUAGAUGCAAGCUUUCUUCUGCAUGGUGAUACUGUUUGCAGGUGUCGUUCAGUAGAAAGAAAAUAGUUCCUACAUGAAACUGCUCACAACAAGGAUCAUGAUUUCUGGAUAGAGACAUUGCUGUUGAGUUUUUCAAAUGUGUUUUUUGGGGCUUUUUAGCACCACAAGCUCGUUGCCAUCUAGUUCCAUUAUAUUGGAGAGAACACAGACAUCUCCAAUACUCGGCAGCUCACAUCAAAACAAUUUAGAUUGCUAAAUAGCACUAAAUUUUGAUUUGGGGUUGAACUGUCUCUUUUAGAUAGAGCCCAAAUGGGCUUGACAUGAAACUGAACAAAAAAUUACUGUUGCCCUCCUGUUUCUUUUAGUGCAAGUCAACAACUUCUAAAGGAACAACUGUCAGCAAAAAAAAAAAAAAAUAGAUACUUUUGUCACAAGCAUACUCCUCCACAGUGUUACAAGCUAACUAUAAAUAUCUGAUGUCUUAGUUUAAGGUGAAGACACACUACUGAAAAUGAUCAGUGUGGUGUAAAUGAGAGCCAGGAACAGUAUAUGUGAUCUUGAGUUCAGGGCGCUGACAGGCAGCAGAGCAGCCUCUCUAGUCUGCUCAUACAGCAGCCAGCUGGCUGUUCAAAAAUCAGAAAUUUAAAAGCUAAAGACAAGGCUAAACCAAGGUUAAAACAUCCGUAAGAUUAGGACAAGUUUGAAAUAACAUAACAUAUCGAGAAAAAUUGAGUACUACAGCUCUGGUUGGAAGGUGUAAUUAUUUCACUUGUGAUAGAUGAGCCGUUAUCUCUGUGCUGGAUGAGAGAUGAAACUGAUACUGGUCAUCUCGUCCAAGAUGGCAAAACAAGUAAUUUGCCUAAAUGCUAGUUUCUCUCUUCCUUUAAAUGGACAUAAUCAGCCUCUACUGGCAACAUGUUGGGAACUACAACUUCCCCAGCUCCUGAGAAAAUUUCUCUUAUUUUAUUUACAUGGUAUUUUGGAACCUAGAUUCACCAGUGCUACUGAUUUUAAUUUGUUUAGAUUUAGUGAAUUUGGGGUUAGAGGUCAGCCUGUUCCUGAACAAGGUAGAACAACUCUUUGCUAAGUCUUCAGAUGGACUCAAAGGACUCUUAGUUUUUCUAAAAUCUGACAUUUAUAGGCCUGACCUGUCUUUUAUUUUUCAGAAGUAGGAUGAUGUUUCUGGAAAAGAAUGUUUGUUACCCACAUACAAGUCUAUGGCUUACAUUCUGACAUUUGAUUGUAUUGCAUUUGUAUUCCUUUGACUGCACUGCAGUGUAAUGGCAUGCUGUUUGACACUGAAUGACACACACGUUUCUGUUUGAUAAGCCACUGUAGCAUCACAUUGCUUUUUCUUCAUGUUAUAUGUAUAAAACUUUGCUUAACUGUUCUUCUCUUUAUAGCCGAUUUUUCAUUCUUUGUGCUUUUCUCAUUGUCUUGAAAAAAAUUAUGCUUCCCCUUGGAAAGACCAGUAAAAUAUCAGUACAAAUCU